CCACGAAGCAAAUGGACAUCAAAGGCCAAUACUGGACUGACGAUGAUUCUGAUGGAGACAACGAAUCGGAAGAAUUCCUGUACGGAGUACAGGGGACCUGUGCGGCAGACCUGUAUCGCCACCCACAGUUGGACGCGGACAUCGAGGCAGUGAAGGAGCUGUACAGCGAGAAUUCUGUAUCCGUCCGAGAAUAUGGGACCAUUGACGAUGUGGAUAUUGACCUGCAUAUCAAUAUCGGCUUUCUAGAUGAGGAGGUGGCGACAGCUUGGAAGGUCCUACGGACCGAGCCCAUCGUCCUCCGGCUGCGAUUCUCCCUUUCCCAGUACCUCGAUGGCCCCGAACCGUCCAUCGAGGUUUUCCAGCCAUCCAAUAAGGAAGGAUUUGGAUUGGGCCUACAGUUGAAGAAGAUCCUGGGCAUGUUCACAUCCCAGCAAUGGAAACACCUCAGCAACGAUUUCCUGAAGACCCAGCAGGAGAAGCGGCACAGCUGGUUUAAGGCCAGCGGCACCAUCAAGAAGUUCCGUGCCGGCCUCAGCAUCUUCUCGCCCAUCCCCAAGUCUCCCAGCUUCCCCGUCAUCCAGGACUCCGUGCUGAAGGGCAAGCUCGGGGUGCCGGAGCUGCGCGUCAACCGCCUCGUGAACCGCUCCAUCUCCUGCACCGUGAAGAACCCCAAGGUGGAGGUGUUCGGCUACCCCCCCGGCACCCAGGCAGGUGUUGCCCCGUUCAACAUCCUGGUUGGCGGCCACUGCAAAAACAUCCCUACCUUGGAGUAUGGCUUUCUGGUCCAGAUCAUGAAGUACGCAGAGCAGAGGAUUCCUACCCUGAACGAAUACUGUGUGGUGUGUGAUGAACAGCACGUCUUCCAGAAUGGGUCCAUGCUUAAGCCUGCUGUGUGCACGCGGGAGCUCUGCGUCUUCUCCUUCUACACCCUGGGUGUAAUGUCCGGCGCUGCAGAGGAGGUGGCUACAGGAGCCGAGGUGGUGGACCUCCUUGUGGCCAUGUGUCGAGCAGCCUUGGAGUCUCCACGGAAGAGCAUCAUCUUCGAGCCUUACCCCUCUGUCGUGGAUCCCAGCGAUCCCAAGACCCUCGCCUUCAACCCCAAGAAGAAGAACUACGAGCGAUUGCAGAAGGCUCUGGACAGCGUCAUGUCAAUCCGUGAAAUGACCCAAGGUUCCUACUUGGAGAUCAAGAAGCAAAUGGACAAGUUGGAUCCUCUGGCGCACCCUCUCCUUCAGUGGAUAAUCUCCAGCAACAGAUCUCACAUUGUCAAGCUACCUCUCAGCAGGCAGCUGAAAUUUAUGCACACCUCACACCAGUUCCUUCUGCUGAGCAGCCCUCCUGCCAAGGAGGCCCGCUUCCGAACAGCCAAGAAGCUGUAUGGCAGCACCUUCGCCUUCCAUGGCUCUCACAUUGAGAACUGGCAUUCCAUUCUGCGCAACGGGCUGGUCAACGCAUCCUACACCAAAUUGCAGCUGCACGGAGCAGCCUACGGCAAAGGGAUCUAUUUGAGCCCCAUCUCCAGUAUUUCGUUUGGAUAUUCAGGGAUGGGGAAAGGGCAGCAUCGGAUGCCGUCGAAGGAUGAGCUGGUACAGAGGUACAACCGGAUGAACACCAUCCCCCAGACUCGGUCCAUCCAGUCCAGGUUCCUACAGAGUCGCAAUUUAAAUUGCAUCGCACUUUGUGAAGUGAUCACGUCAAAGGAUCUCCAGAAGCACGGCAACAUCUGGGUGUGCCCGGUGUCUGACCACGUCUGCACUCGCUUUUUCUUUGUGUAUGAAGAUGGCCAAGUCGGAGAUGCCAACAUCAAUACUCAGGACCCUAAGAUCCAAAAGGAGAUCAUGCGUGUGAUUGGCACUCAGGUCUAUACAAACUGAGGGGGAAACGGAGCACCCCCUUCAGCAUUUGCCAGCGCUGCCCCUGC